AAGAGUUUCCCCUCCUGCAGGCGUUUCAUUUGGGUCUCACACAGCUCUGACACUGUUUCACACCUCAGACACAAACGCACACAGCAGAGUUACUCAAGCUCUUGGAUCCCUCAGUUCAGGAUAAAGUUUAGGAAUCUGGAUUAAAGUAAAUAUGACUUUAAGAGGUGUUGUACUGUUACUGUGCGUUGUGUGUCCUGCACACUGCCUGCUCGAGCAAAGCACACAGACAAAGAAUGAAACGAAAGAUGUGCUGCUGGAACCAGAAGCUGAUCACAGUGCUGCCAUUGAAGAGCUGAGGAAAAAGAUUGAUGAGAUUGUGAAGGAGCUAAAUGCCCUGAAGGAAGUCCAUGCUCUGCAAUUAAUUUGCCUGAAAGGCAUCAAGGUUCCAGGCAAGUGUUUCCUGGCCAGCCCAGUAAAGAAGAACUUCUAUGAUGCUACCAACGAUUGCAUCUUAAAGGGUGGCACCCUGAGCACUCCUCUUACAGGCAAUGAGAAUUACCAGCUCUAUGUCUAUGUAUAUGAGAUGAUUGGAACCACUGAACAACUUUGGCUGGGCAUCAAUGACAUGGUGAAAGAGGGGGAGUGGGUUGAUAAAACAGGGUCCAAGAUACGUUACGAAAACUGGGAGACAGAGGUGACUCGUCAGCCUGUCAGUGACCAUGGCCGGAAUUGCGCCUUUAUGUCUGUCACAGACAGCGGGAAGUGGUUCAAUGACAACUGCCGUGCUGUGAAGGCCUUUGCCUGUGAGUUCAAUAUUGUCUGAGUUCCUGUUGUUCCUUAUUACCAUUGUCCAUUAAACAUGAAAGUAAAAGUUUGUCAGAAAUAGUACAUCAUUAAUAUAUA